AUGCAGCGUUCGAAGGAAACGAUCAGCCGGCAUUCGGAGCGGCUCGGUUUGUCGUUCAGUCGUGCUGAGACGGCGAAGGCUGCCGAGGCCAAACACAUCGACAACAAAGCACGGCGCGCAGCACUCGAAGAACGCCUACUCAUCGAAGCCGAGAAGGUCAUCGACCAGAUGUGGUCCGAGACGUUGGUGUUCAGCUUCGGCGGCAAAGACAACACAUACGAGGAACACACCCUCAAGCAGCCGACAUACUCCGAUCAGAAGACGAUCGCGCAAACCGUUGCGACCGCACUUAACGCCGCGAACAAGCUGCACGAGAUGAAUGCCGGCCAACAAGCCGAGAAGGCUGUAUCCGCGCUCGUCCAGAUGCAAGGCGCCCUCGAACAAUUCGCUGCACACAUCGGUGCAGCAUCAGCGGAAGUGGUCAUCUGGCACGGCGCAGUGUCAUCCGGUAAGACGAUCGGGUCGCUGUUCAAGCUGUUGAUGAAGAUCGCGACCGCCCCCACCUCGGGUGAGAUCGUCAUCAUCGGCCGCACCAGGGACACCGUCUACCGCAACAUCAUGCAAGCCCUGUUGGAUCCAGCCCUGUUCGGCGAUCUGGUCGACCACAUCAGCUACAACCGCGGCGCACCAACAGCAACCAUCUUCGGCCGCACAGUCCACAUCCUCGGCAGCUCAGAUGUUCGCGCUGAAUCAACCAUCCGAGGCAUGACCAUCUGCAUCGCCUACCUCGACGAAGCAACACUGGUCAGCAAAGAGUUCUUCUCCAUGCUCCACAGCCGCCUACGCGUCAAAGGGUAUGCGUGCCAACUGUUCGUCACCACCAACCCCGACGCACCACGGCACUGGCUCAAAACCGACUGGAUCGACCGCGAACACGACCCCAAACUCAACAUCCGCUGCUUCCACUUCGAAAUCGAAGACAACCGCGACAACCUCCCCGACGGAUACAUCGAAACCCGCCAAGCCCAAUACUCCGGACUCUGGUACGACCGAUUCAUCCUCGGCAAAUGGACCAUGGCAGACGGCGUCAUCUACGACUGCUUCGACCCCGCACGCCACGUCGUCGACCAAAUACCCGAAAUCCAACGCAUCAUCGCAAUGGGCAUCGACGACGGCGUCAACCACCCAGCCGCCGGCCUCCUCAUCGGAUUAGGCAUCGACAACAAGCUGUACGCAAUGGCCGAAUGGGCGCCACCAUCAGGCACCCCAGCCGACCGCACCAAAUCGUUACGCCGAUUCAUCAACGAACACGGCAAACCAGAACGCUUCUUCGUAGACCCAUCAGCAGCCGCAUUGAAGAUGCAGAUGCAACGCGAAGGGUUCGGCAUCAUCAUGAACGCCCACAACUCCCACAAAUCGGGAAUCGGCGUCGUCUCAGCCCUACUGUCCACCGACCAACUACUCAUCAACGGGCCGUUAUGCACCAACCUGCUCGGAGAGAUCGGUGGAUAUGUGUGGGACCGCAAAGCCGCUGAACGAGGCGAAGACGCCCCAGUCAAAGAAGACGACGACUUCUGCGACGCGUGGCGUUAUGGCGUGUUCUCGUCGUUCACGUUCUGGCGCAACCACAUACCCAUCGAAAUCACUAUCGCCGAGGAGGUGUGGUGGGAAGGUGAUCCCGCGAAGCUCGACGACUACUACCAAGCAGGGAACCGCACAUCCCCGUCUGGGGUGAAGGAUCGACUGUCCGCGGCGUACAACGCGUUCUGGGGGCGUCCGGCCAGUCAGACGACGACGCCGAUCAAGCGGUUGCAUGCGCCGAUCGCGGGCGAUAUCCCGAAGCUGUCAGCGUCAUGCUUGUUCUCGGAGACGCUCACAGUCGUCGACCCCACAGGUGCCACGCAGGAACGCGCUGAUCUGAUCUUCAACACCCCCACCUUCCACGGUGACCUGUUCACUGCCGGCGAGUCCUGCUCGGCGUUGGGUGGCUCGUAUCAGCGUGUGGUGUGGGACGAGGAAGUCGCCGACAACGCGUGGAUCGACUUCGUGGACGCCGACAAGGCAAUCCCCGAGUACAAGUGGGGCAGGCUCACCGCGGUCACGUUCUGGUCUGAGCUCGCGGGUUCGGAUGAGCGGGACGUGUGGCGACACCUCGAACGGUACGAGAAGGGCCGCAUCGUCCACUCCCUCUACAAGGGGACACCGACAAACCUCGGUACCGCGAUGGACCUGGACGCCCACGAGGACACCGCAGGCAUCACCCUCAACGGGUUCGACGACGAGACAGGCGGAUACGUCGACCUCGAAGUCGACGAGCUGGCAGCCCGCUACGUCCCCAACGUCCUCCCCAACCCCGAAUGGCGGAACCACAACACACUCCGCUACCUCGGCCGCGCAGACAUCUCCACCGACACAAUCCCACUGCUCCACGAACUCGACCGCAUCUACUCCUCACUCGUCCGAGACUUCCGCAUCGGCCAAGCCCGCAUGUUCGCCUCAGACGACCUCCUGGGACUGUCUCUAAAUCGGUGUUUCGGCCCGAGACGC